AUCGUGCCCGCCUGCCCCUGCGAAGACAGCCAGAGGAACUGCUCCUGCAAGGAACCAAAGGAAGCCAAGCCUCAGAUUAAGGUGCUCUCGUGGACAAGUUCGAAAGGCUGGAUCCUACUUGCUGUGGGAUUUUGCUUCGCAGUCUGGAUGGCAGUUUUCUUCACGUUGUUUGCAUAUGAUAUGGUUUAGAAAUAAAGUAAAUUGAUUUUAGAAAGGAGAAAGGGCAAGUGCUUGUCAAAGUGAACUGUUGGUGUGCAUUUUUUAUUGAAAAGUUUUGGGAAUACCAUGUUUUAAGAUAAAUUUAUAAAUAUACACAUAUGAAUGAUGGUAUACGUAAUUUCUAACAACUCUGGUCUAGACAAUGAUUUGCAAAUAACUGAUAGUGUGGUGGGAAAUGCGAGUCUCCCCAGUACAAGAGAGAACGAGGAUAGCUCCAAAGAAAACGUGGCCUCAAUAGGCAAUGAUGGAAGGGGAAACUGUACAAAACAAGGCAAUCCUCCCUCAGCACCAAAUGCAAGAGACGCAGAAGUGGUACAGGUAUGUAAAUCCUGUCAACAUCUGUAUGAUGGGCAGCCCACUGUUGUUCUCACGCCCAACACACUCGCCCACGCCCACCAUCACCAUCCCUCGCCUCGCAAGCAAACGAAGCCAUGGGCAGCUAGAAGGUACGAGGGGCUGUGUGUGUGCGCGGAGACCGGCGGCGUGUGUCGCUGCGGCGUCAGCAAGGCGUCCAAGUGGCAGCGCCUCCUCCCCCGCAACGCCCCCUGGUGGCCCAGAACCAAGGUCGUCCUCCUAACCCUUGCCGCCCUCACGCCCUGGGCAUGUCUCGUCGUCUACUUCAUCUUCGCCUACAGGAAGUGAGAGCCUUUUGGUUGUCAUGGCAAGUUACGGGUUCGCCCACCACGACAAGGCAUUCGAUCCGCGUUCGGCGACUAUGAUUGCUGUUCCUAUUUGUACAAAGACGGAUUCAAUUCAUUUAUUUUUCCCGAGUCAAACAUCAUUUUCCAGUUUGGCAUCUACUUUCGCUCUUUCAUAUAUAUUGUUUCACACAUCGUAGUGUUGUUAAUAUUUUUGUAUUUUCUUCCCCUCCCUUCAACCAGAUUAUUCUUGCAAGUAUUAUGCAUAAUUGUCCAUUUCGUAACAUUUUCCUUCCCGAAAUCCUGGCCUCCUUGUUCAGAUUUCGUUGUUACACCAACUUUUAUCGUUCUGUCCCUCUGUAUUCAUGUACAUCAAUUGUCUCUAUGUAAGUCCACGACACCGUUAUUUCGUAUAGCAUGACGCCCCAGGAGACGACAUCUGCGCAUAUUUUGCCCAAGGCGCUCGCAGAUGAGUGCAGUAUCCCUUCGGCUCAAGUUAGCCACGGUGCUUCCCAUUCCAGAACGUGUAAAGAGAAACGUCUGUUUCUCUCUUUGCUAUUGAAGUAUGUGAUAUCUACAACACAAUUUUCAUGUGUUAUAUUUAGGAUAUUAGUCAUCCCCCUCACGGUGACUAUGCUAAGCCUUGAGUGCCUGUGUGUUUAAUAGGGAUGGUUAAUCAGGUAAUUGACUGUUGUUUGAUUCAUGAUUUAUACAGUACUGCUUUGAUAUUCAGAUUUUAAAGCUAUGUGAUAUCUAUUUUGUUAAUGACUUAUACAUAUAUAGCAAUACUGAAAUAUAUGUGGACAGUUGCAAUUAGGUGAAAAUAAAAUCUAAUUGCGCUAAUUAA